CCUCAGGGCAGUUCUCUGCCUAACCUAAACAAAUACAUUGAGAAACAGAGACAAGGGAGACAGACAUGGAAAGACGGAGCAUGGAAGAAAGAAUCACUCGGUGUAUGGCUGAGAAGUUAGCGAAAAAAACUUUUCUUGACGCUCUAAAAUCAAAUGAUUACAAAACUAUGGAAGAUCUUUUGCUUGAAAAGCAAAUAGAUGUAGACACGGUGUUCGAAGUGGAAGAUGAAAACCUGAUUUUGGCAUCCUACAAACAAGGGUAUUGGCUGCCUGGUUAUAAGCUAAAAACGUCCUGGGCAACCGGACUUCAUCUAGCAGUCAUGUAUGGGCAUCUGGAGAGUCUAAUGGUAUUGCUAAAUCACAAAGCUACGAUCAACUGCAGGCCAAAUGGGAAAGCUGCAAUUCACGUGGCUUGUGAAGUGGCAAAUGUUCAAUGUCUCAAGAUCCUUUGCAAGCAUGGAGCUAAAAUUAAUUGCUUUUCAAUGAGUGGGCAUGCACCCUUGCACUUUUGUACUACAAAAACCUCUGUGCCUUGUGCUCAGCAGCUGAUUUGGAGAGGAGCAAAUGUGAACAUAAAAACAAACAAUCAAGAUGAAGAGACUCCCCUGCAUACAGUUGCACGCUUUGGCAUCCCUGAACUGGUGGCAUUUUAUGUGGAACAAGGAGCAAAUGUGAAUGCUUUCAAUGCACACAUGGAAACCCCCCUGGCUUAUGCUGCUUACUGGGCCCUUCAGUAUAAAGAGCAAAUAUACAGUACAGAACACCAUCUAAUCUGCAGGAUGCUCUUAGACUAUAAAGCAGAAGUAAACUCUCGAGAUGAGGAUUUCAAGUCACCACUCCACAAAGCUGCAUGGAAUUGUGAUCAUGUGCUGCUGCACAUGUUGUUGGAAGCAGGAGCUGAAGCCAACAUCAUGGAUGUCAAUGGCUGUGCCCCCAUACAAUAUGUUCUGAAAGUGACACCUGUGCGACCAGCUGCCCAGCCUGAAAUCUGUUAUCAGUUGUUGCUGAAUCAUGGAGCAGCUAGAAUAUAUCCUUUGCAGUUCCACAAGGUGUUGCAGGCCUGUCAUUCCCACCCAAAGGCUGUUGAGGUUGUCAUCAAUUCAUAUGAGCACAUCAGAUCAACGUCCAAGUGGAAAGCUGCUAUACCUGAUGAUGUCUUUGAGAGGCACCGGGAUUUCUAUAAGUCUCUAUUCAGUGUAUGCAGCAACUCACCACGGUCACUCAUGCACUUAUGUAGAUGUGCUAUUCGACAGACAUUAUUCAAAAGAUGCCACAGAGGAGUCCCUUUACUUACCAUUCCACCUUCAUUAAAGAAGUAUUUACUUUUGGAGCCAGAAGGAAUAGUGUAUUAAGCCUCAUUAGAAAAGCUCAGCUAUUUUAUUUGUGACAGAAAUCUGUGGACCUGCACAAAUGAAGAAGGCAAGCCAGAGAUCUUGGCAAAACCAAACAAAACAACAAAAACCCUUAUGCAAAGGUUCUGCUUACAACCAACUGCUGCUUGGCUAAGGAACAAAUUGGGGUUUACUGGUUAGUCUCAGUUUAACCACUAGAACUUUUUCGCAGUAGCCCUGAGGAGUGUACAAUGAAAUAUUUGCACAAUAGAUAGUGCUAGAAAAGGCUUUUAAAGCUGUCUUAUCCAUCAGUGCCAAGGCAGGAUUGCUCUCUGUAAAAUAUAUAUAUAUAUAUAUAUCUCAAUACUUUUCUCUUCAAUUUCUAUUAUCUGCCUAUGAGAUAUCCCCCUUUGGAAGCCUUUCCAAAUUUUCAAUACACACUGCUUUUCUAUAUUUUAUCAGUAUAAUAUUCACCAACCAUCUUAGGAAGAGGAAAAAGAGUAGCAACAGAAAAAUCUCUCCC